AUGAGUCAUCAUUAUUCAAUGCAAUCACAAUUUCUAUCGUCAUCGUCAUCAACAUCAUCAACAUUAUUAUUAACAGACAGAUCAAAUAUUACUCAUUCUAAUACUGAUCUAAUUAUGGGAAAUACUGUUCCGUCCUCUUUUCUUGAAAUGAAUUUAACCCAAACAACAAAUGGUUUAUUAAAUAAUAAUAAUAAUAAUAACAAUAAUAACGAUGUGGAUUUGAAUCGUCAAACUCGUGUAAAUUUAACAGAUGAUAAUUCACAAUGUAAAUCACCAUUAUGGAUACCACCUGUUACACCAUAUACAUUACUUGGUUUAUUAAAACCUCAUUUAACACAAUCUAGUUUACUUGUUAAUAACAAUACAACACAUCAAAUACAACAACAAACAAGUAAUGGAACAAUUAUAAAUACAAAAUUAUGUGA